UCAGAGUUCAGCUCAGUUCAGUUCUGUGCAGUGCAGUGCCGGGGCAGGAGAGCGCGAGCUGUGAAGUGCACUAGGCUCUCUAGGCAGCUAGGAAUGGAGCUCCAGGCGAGGUGCCUCUGCGUCGUCGCGAUGCUCGUGGUGGCCGGCCUGGCGGGGAUGGAGACGGCGCACGGCGCCGGGGAGUGCGGCCGGGUGCCCGUGGACCAGGUGGCGCUCAAGCUGGCCCCGUGCGCGGCGGCCACGCAGAACCCGCGCGCCAGGGUGCCGCCGAGCUGCUGCGCGCAGGUGCGCGCCAUCGGGCGUAACCCCAAGUGCCUCUGCGCCGUCAUGCUGUCGGACACGGCGCGGAAGGCCGGCGUGAAGCCCGCCGUCGCCAUGACCAUCCCCAAGCGCUGCGCCAUCGCCAACCGCCCCGUCGGCUACAAAUGCGGCCCAUAUACCCUGCCAUGAGAGGCCGUGAGAGGCGUUGAUGAGGAACAAAGUGAUGGCGCUGGCACCUGACGGGCUCCAAACUCUGAAUGUCCAGAUAUGCUGUGAUCUCUGUCGCGUGGAGCUUUUCACAGAUCCCCUGAAUAAUGUGGCUGUAACAAUGCCUGAACUUUGGAAUAAAAAAAAUACUUUUUUUCAGAAACCAUUUAUACUGCAAAAUGUAGUGACAAGAACAGUUUCCAACUUCAGUCAAAUUCCAGAUGGUAAAGGUGUGCAAUGAA